ACUCAAGACGACUCAUCGCCGAAACGUAGCUUAUAUUGGCUAGUAUGUGGUAGUCUGGGUAGACCCCAUCCCAAUCCCGUAUCACCAUGGAGGCGCUUUGGCUCGAGACCCCUUUGAUCUACGCUACCCAUAUAUCAGACCUUCUGGGAUGUUCAGCUUAUCUUAAGCUUGAGAAUCUUCAACCAUCCCAGUCUUUCAAGUACAGAGGCAUCUCACGUUUAGUACAAUUGUCCAAAGCCCAACACGGUCCAUCCGUGCACAUCCUCGUUGCUUCAACGGGAAACGCUGGGCUUGCCGCAGCCAUUGCGGCACGUAAACUAGGGGUCAAAUGCACCAUAUACCUUCCUUUCAGUACACGUGAGGAAACCCAGGUACGCCUGCUGAAGCAAGGGGCGAAAGUACUUGUUGUGGGUCAAAUCUAUGCCGACUCGGUUGCGGCAAUGCGUGAGGAAGCAAAAGCGGAUCCCAACGCUGUUAUCUUACCGUCAUAUGAAAGCCCAGUGUUGUGGGAAGGGCACUCCUCGAUGGUGAAGGAAAUGAAAAAUCAACUCGGCGAGAAACCAGAUGCCAUACUAUGUUCAGUUGGUGGCGGUGGCCUCAUUGGAGGCUUGCUUCUUGGAUGCAAAGCUGUGAAUUGGGAUGAUGUGCCACUUAUCGCACUUGAGACCCAUGGAUCCAACUGCUUUUAUCAAGCCAAUGCUGUCAACACUCAGGGGUUCACAUCUAAAUCAUGCACCUUCCCCCCUGAAAUACCCAAUGAUCAAUCAUAUACCAAAAUAGAAAUCAACUCGGAACAUAGCGUUGCUAUACCACACCUGCGAACUUUGCACUCGCGAGCUCUCUCUCUUGGAGCCACGUAUGCUGCCCCAGAGGUGGUCCGCAUGGCAUUGGACCAUCCAGCAGGAGUUAAGUGCGUAUGUAUUGCGGAUGAGUUAGCCAUGCGUGGUGCACAGUUACUCGCAAAUGAUCACAAAAUGCUUGUUGAGUUGGCCUGUGCCACCACCAUAUCUGCAGCAUACAACCACGAAUUUUUCUGGCGUCUCCUGGACCCCGAGUCAGCUCUGUCUCCUGAAGAGAAACGAAAGAAGACGGUUGUCUUCGUCGUAUGCGGGGGAAUCAACAUCUGCUAUGACGAAGCAGCUAGCUACACCGGCAUUUUGAAGGAAGCCGCUGCCCACGAGGACACCUGGCGCAUCAUUUGCAACGGAACUGAAUUCCACGUCAACAAAUAAGGCAACGUUCGCUGGUUCGUCAACGUCCCGGACCAAGUCGGGCAGUCGCGACAUGUAGAUACCAGUAGACAUAGCUAAUGAGCCCGCUAAGUCAAAUAUGAUUCCCAUAGAAAACGCCUUACGAGGUGUCAAUGUCAUACAACGAUGGGCGUGUUGGCGGCAUGCAGGGCCUCGCGUCUUUAUUCACCACCACGACCUGAACCACCCUCGUGAAGCCUGACUAGACACAUCUGGCUGAGGUGCUUGAUGUUCCUGAGCGGCCUUUUCUCGCUCCUGUUUUCUGGCGAGCUUUUCGGCUUUUAUCCGUAUCAACUCAGCUUUCACGGUAGCCUGGUCAGUCGGGAGUUGCUGAAAAUGUGGGUAAGACAAGGUAGCAUGGAAGACGUUGACGUGGAUUAGAAAUACCAUAUGUGUUUUAUCUCCACGGGGGAAUAGCUGUUCUUUAUACUGAACGAUGGGAGUUGCAUUAACCGAGACAGCUGUUGAGUAGACGGACGAGC